CCGCGGCGUCCGCCAAGAUGGCGGCAUCCGCGGCGGGCGAGGGCCGGUUCCGAACGCGCGAUGUGUUGGUGCCCGGCGGCCCCGCCGAUUUCGGGUCGCUGCUGCUGUCGGCGCCGGUGCUGGCGGGGCUGGAGGCGGCCGGAUUCCACCGGCCGUCUCCCGUGCAGCUGAAGGCGAUCCCGUUGGGGCGAUGCGGCCUGGAUCUCAUCGUGCAGGCCAAGUCCGGCACCGGCAAAACGUGCGUCUUUUCCACCAUCGCCCUGGACGCGGUGCUGCUGGAGAGCCCCGCCACGCAGAUCCUGAUUUUGGCUCCCACGCGAGAGAUUGCUGUGCAGAUUCAUGCUGUCAUCACAACCAUUGGAAUGAAGAUGGAAGGGUUGGAGUGCCACGUUUUCAUCGGAGGGACCCCUCUGAGCCAGGACAAGGCCCGGCUGAAGAAGUGCCACAUAGCAGUCGGGUCCCCAGGUCGGAUAAAACAGCUCAUAGAGUUGGACUACUUAAAUACAGCGAGUGUCCGACUUUUCAUUCUCGAUGAAGCAGACAAGCUUCUGGAAGAAGGCAGCUUUCAGGAACAAAUCAAUUGGAUUUACUCCUCGCUGCCAGCCAACAAACAGAUGCUCGCUGUUUCAGCUACUUAUCCUGAGUCGUUAGCUAAUGCUUUGACCAGGUACAUGAGAGAGCCAACGUUCGUGAGGUUGAACCCUACUGAUCCAAGUCUUAUUGGGCUGAAACAGUAUUACAAAAUUGUGAAUUCCCAUCCGCUUCCCCAUAAAACAUUUGAAGAAAAAACCCGGCACCUGCAGGAGUUGUUCAGCAAGAUUCCUUUUAAUCAAGCCUUGGUCUUUUCAAACUUGCAUAGCAGGGCUCAACAUCUGGCUGAAAUCCUCACAUCCAGGGGCUUUCCUGCUGAGUGCAUUUCAGGCAGCAUGAAUCAAAGUCAGAGGCUUGAUGCCAUGGCAAAACUAAAGCAGUUCCACUGCAGAGUUCUGAUUUCCACAGACUUGACGUCUCGAGGAAUCGAUGCUGAGAAGGUGAAUCUGGUUAUCAACCUGGAUGUACCCAUGGACUGGGAAACGUACAUGCAUCGUAUUGGCAGAGCUGGGCGCUUUGGAACCUUGGGCUUGUCUGUGACAUACUGCUGCCGCGGGGAGGAGGAAAACAUAAUGAUGAAAAUUGCUCAGAAAUGUAAUCUUCAGCUUCUUCCUCUGCCAGAGCCUAUUCCUCCUGGAAUGAUGGAUCAGUUUGGAGAUGAGGUGGUAGAAGUCAGACCUGUUAUACACACAGGCGCUUCAGUGAAUUCUGACACUGUGUGUCUUGGACCGGAGCAGCCAGUACUGCAGCCCAUCCAGAACAGUUUCUCAGAGGUACCUCGGCCUCUUUCUAAUCUUCCGGAUGACAGUUCUUCUGUAGAAAGGCCAAAAAAGACACUGAAGCAAAAGAAGAUAAAAAAGUCCACAAAUUCUGUGAAUACAGGAAAAAGCAGCAGAAACACCCAAACUUCCAGUUGCCAGAUGGAACAGAGGAAUAGAGUCAAAACCAUUUCCAGAACGGAUGGACAACAUAACACUCUACCUCCAGAUGAAGAGGCCUUAAAAAACAAUCUUCCCAGAAUUCCAUGCUUGUCUUCUUUCAAAAACCAGCCGAGCAAGGCCUGGAACUUCUCGGAGUUAGUUGAGGACUAUGACUAUUUCAUUAAAGAAGGGUUGGAGAGAGAGGUCGAAAUCUUAAGGAGCUAUUCAGGCCCGGGAGAGCAAUGUGAGCUCCCCAGAAACGGUGGCGUGGAGUGGAAAGAGGCGGAAUGUAAUACAGAAGCAAUAGCAAAGGAUGUUUCAUCUGGUGACAGCGAUGGGUUGUACAGUUCCAGGGCUUCCUCUGAUAAUAGGGAAAAUAACUCGUACUUGGAAGCAUUUUCGGAUACACAGGAGAGAGACGCUGUUGUCACAAUGCAUCAGGGUCGUUGCACACCAGAGAAGCCUCAGGAGCCAUCACGAGUCCCAAAACAAAAUCAAGCGGAGAAAAAAGCUCCAAAACAAAAAACUAAACAAAAGAAAAGCCAUCACGAUCAAAUCCCUACUCUUUCCACAAGGAAAACCUGGGAGGACUGCUCCAGCAGCUCUUGGGAUGAUGGUGUUCCAUGUGAGAAUUGGAGUUACAAGAACUACUGGAAAUCCUAUUAUGAAGCGUGGCAGAACUACUACGCUCCCGUGUCUCACUACAGGAAGGGCUUCAGGCUGUGGAGCUGGGCGAAUGCCUAUCAUGCCAACACCAUCUACCUCCAGGAGCUGCUGAAAAGCGGGGAGUGACACAAUGGCACUGCUGUUAUGGAGGGGCUGCUUGGUACCAGGAGUGGAUAUUGUCUCUAUAAACAAAACUGCUGCUGUGCUGGCACCUGGGCACAUGCAAACGAACAGUAUAGGAGUCAAGAAAAAUGUCUUUUUGAUAAGCAGGCUGUGCCUGGGUAAAUGUUUUCCGUGCAUUCCGGUGACGGUGUUACAAGUUUUUAAUAAAAGGAAAUGAAAGGCAGCUGGAUGUUCACUUGCGAUCUUUACAGCCCAGAGUAAGCAAAGGAAAAGCCACUUACAUGUAAGAAAUUGAUCUCAAUAAGGAGCAAACACGAACCAACUCCAGUUUUAUUUGCUUGACCUGCAUCUUCCAGAUGACCUUUGAGUGAAGAUGAAUUCACUGUGAGACUACGUAGCCU